AUGGAAAAAUCCAAUUUAAAAGUAGCUCGUCCACUCGGUAACCUAGAAAGGCUAUUUACCAUAAGGCAGGCCAUAGGUUAUUACACAAACAUUUGUGCCACUGUCCGUUAUCAAUGUAAAGAUCUUUUUAUGCUCGCUUCCGUCGGUAGAGUGACUGAAUUAAAUGACAACACAACGAAUCAACUACGUCCGGUCGUCUAUGGCAUACUCACGGAACUUCUUCUUAAGGAACCAGCAUUGUCAAAGGGCAUAAAAGGCCCAAUGACUAAGCGACCACUAUAUGUUCAUAUUCCAACAAUUGAUUUAUCUCGACAAGUACGUUUUGCCGCCAUAUGUUCGGAUGAGCAACUGGAAAAAAUGUUAGAGGAAGAACAUAAAAUACCAUUGGAUCAUUCGAUUGAGACCAAUCCAUUAUGGCGAAUAGUGUUCGGGAUAAACAUUGAACACGCCUACGAAAUAAGUGUUACAUUUUGUUGGCAUCAUAGUAUUGGCGACGGAAUGAGUGCGCAUGUUUUACAUUCAUUGUUUUACAAUGCGCUGAAGAAAGUGAUCGACAAUCAAAAUGAUUUAUCAAGUAUUUCACCAAUGAUUGAUGUUCCCUAUGCCCCUAUGUUUAAGCCAUUGGAAGAGACCGUAGAUAUUGAACCAUCAGUUGGAUUAAUUCUGAAAGAAGUAUUUAACGAAUUUUUGCUGCCAACUUUCAUGAAAACAACACCAAAGCAUUACGUUGGAGACGUUCACGCUAUGAAAAUUAAUGAUUUCAAUACUUCAUUAAAAAUCGUAUCGAUCAAUCAAGAUGAAUUUAGAUCCAUAAAAUUGGUAUCGAAACAGCAAAAGACGUCGAUUCAUGCAAUUCUUCAUACUGCGCUUAUACUAUCAGCUUAUCGAUAUCUCAGUUCAGAAAACGAUAAUGCCAAAAUGGUAUCGACAGAUACGCCAAUAUCCCUUAGACCGUAUGGUAUUGUACCCAUAACUAAACCCACUCUGGGUGUAUAUGUCAGUAAAUUUCACUACGCGGCUUCAACAAAAGAUAUUGACACAGGAUUUUGGAAUCUUGCAAAAAACUACAAAUACAAACUGAUGAAAGGCAUGAAGACAUCGAUUCAAUACGUGGGAUUAUUAAAAUUCUUAUCCAACAACACUGCCGGAUGGGAGGAAUUUUUGUCAAAGAAAAGGAAAGUAGAACCCAUGGGAAGGGUGGCAUCCUUGGAUUCAGCAAAUGUUACUGGACCAGCAAUAAUGGUUAAUAUAGGCACUUAUGGUGACAAACUUAACUUCACUGUUGCCUAUCAAGAAGGUGCUAUUGAACCAAAAGAAAAAAUUAACAAAUUCAUCGAUGGGGUUAAAUUUAUAUUGACAACAAUAGCGAAAGAAGGAUCAUGUUUUGUGCCAGUAUGUAGAGUUUAUCAGUAUCUUCCCUACUCUUGGAGUAAUGAAUCUCACGAUCUUGUCACUAAUAGGAUAACCACCUCAAUAACAGUUUCUGGAGAAGCCCUGCAGGAGCCCGUAGCGUCCAGAAAAUCAGGACAUAUUUACGAGAAACGAUUGAUUUUGAAGUAUAUUGCUGACAAUGGAAGAGAUCCAAUAACGGGAGAGGAUAUCGCGGAAGAAGAUUUACUGGAUAUCAAGACUAGUCCAAAAAUUGUAAAACCACGUCCACCACAACUGUCAUCAAUCCCAUCUAUGAUCUCGGCCCUUCAGAAUGAAUGGGACAGUUUAAUGUUAGAAACGUUUACCCUCAAGCAACAGUAUCAAGAAGUACGACAAGAGCUCAGCCAUGCUCUCUAUCAACACGACGCUGCCUGUAGAGUUAUUGCAAGACUAAUAAAAGAAAGAGAUGCAGCCAGAGAUGCGUUGGCUAAAGUCCAAGCACAUAUAGGCGCAUCCGUUUCGCAAGAGGACACCCAAGAAAGUCAGAGUAUGGAUGUAGAAAUGCUAGACAGGCGCAUCGACAGCAGUAUUAUCGAGAAAAUGUCAGAACUAAAUGCAGUUCUAUCAAAGGGACGCAAGAAACGAAAAACACCACCAAACUUCACGUCUAUAGACUCGGUCAGAUCAUACAAAUGGACCUCUGAGGCCGCCCCCAUGCACGCGUCAAGCGCUCCUGGAAUAACUUCUCUUGACAUCAGCUCGAACGGCCACUUUGUUUUGACUGGAGGUGUCGACCAUACUGCCAUAAUCUAUAAUAGUGGCAAACAGAGAAUUGACUCUGUUUUAAAAGGGCAUACCAAGGAGAUAACGGACGUGUUGUGGCGUGGCAAAGCAGACCCCGGACACCCAGACAUUGCAUUUACUGCCAGUUCGGAUAAUAAUGUGAAGAUAUGGCAACCUUCGGACGGCGGUUAUUUUGCAACUUCCACGAUUAAAGCUCACUCGGCCGGAGUUACAGGAAUUGCAUUAAAUCCUACUCUUGACUAUGUGGUCUCCGUAUCAUCUGAUUCAACUUGGGCAUUCCAUGACGUAGAGACGGGGAAGACGCUUUCUCGUAUCGAAAGCAACGAAGUACAAAAUGGUUAUACUGCGGCAAAGUUCCACCCAGACGCUUUACUGCUUGGUACAGGGACAAAUGAUUCUAUGGUACAUAUCUGGGAUAUGAAAUCUCAGAACAUUGUCGCGCCAUUUUCAGGACAUAGUGGCGCUGUUACUGCGCUUGCAUUCUCUGAGAACGGAUACUACUUGGCAACAACGUCGGAAGAUAAUCUGGUUAGAUUAUGGGAUCUUCGGAAAUUGACAAACUUUAAAGUGCUGACUUUGCCAGAGGACAAUAAACUUAACAAAGUUGUAUGGGAUCACACCGGACAGUAUUUGGCUGUUGGCGGGACUGAUGUGAGAGUAUUCCAUUCCAAGACUUGGGAAGAACUCGCAGUUCUUGCGGAUAACACUGCAGAGGUGACAGAUCUGAAAUUCGGUGAAUUGGCAAAAUAUCUUGCAGUUGUUGGACUGGAUGGAUCUCUAAGAUAUUACAGUCCAGAACGCGGUGAAUAA